AUGGCCUCAAGGUUUGUCCCUGCCAAGGGAAAGGCAUUGGGCCAUGCGCUGCGCAUGAAUCCGCAGGUAGCGCUGCUGGGAUUCCUGUUGCCAGCGUGGCAAACGUCUGCGCAACGGCACUUCUCGACGACGACAAAACGACCCUCGAAGCUUGGGCGAACGCCGAUUUCUAUCCCUCCCGGUGUGGAGCUAUCCAUGAGCGAUUUGAAGACAUCCAAAGUUGCGACCUCAUACAAGCCUACCGUUAAGAAGACAAUUAUAGUAAAGGGACCGUUGGGAUCGCUGGAGCUUGAUGUUCCUGAAUUUGUGACUUUGCAGCAGGAUUUGGAGAACAAGACGGUCUUGCUGGGCGUUGAGGAUGCAAACGUCAAGCAUCAAAAUGAGAUGUGGGGCACGUCGUGGUCCUACCUGACCAACUAUGUAAUGGGGGUGUCCGAGGGCCACACGGCCAUCCUGCGCCUGGUGGGCGUGGGCUACCGAGCGAGCGUCGAGCGCCGCGGCGCCAAGGAGCAAUACCCGGGCCAGAAGUUCCUCUGUCUGAAGCUGGGCUUCACGCACCCUGUCGAGGAGGGCAUUCCGCAGGGCGUCACGGUGACGACGCCCUCGCCGACGAGAAUCCUGCUGGAGGGUACGGAUCGCGAGGUCAUCAUGUCGUUUGCGGGGAGGGUGAGGCAGUGGCGGCCGCCGGAGCCGUACAAGGGCAAGGGGGUGUUUAUCAACGACCAGACUAUCAAGUUGAAGCAGAAGAAGAUCAAGUAA